AUCAUACAACACUCACACCAUCCGUGUCUCUGUUUGGGUUUGUGCUACUACUAAUAUCUGACAGCACUGCAAAAAAAAAAGACAGCAAGUGAAAAUAUCUUGAAAAUAAUUGAAACGAUCUAGCAUUUCCUAUUAGUAGAAUACAAGACACCAAUUCUGAGAUUAUUAAACCUAGUCCUAGAUUGCAACCAACUUAUUCUAAGAUGUCCUAUCAAGUCAAAAAUAUCUGUCCAUGCAGCAAGAUAAUUUCACGAGUAUUUAGUAAUUUUCUCCUCAAAUUCAGUUUUCAAUUUUUUGCAGUGAAGCAAUUCAAAAAAAGCACUUAACCAGUCAGCUUGUCUCUAGUUAAAGCAAACUGCCUCACUGGUUUUGCUUUUUUCCACUGCCACGACUGGUGAACUGCUCCCCACAGUCAUCGACAUCCACAGUCAUUGCUUCAGGACAUCGCUGUUUUAAUUUGUGCAGCAAAUAAUGCAUCUAACUGCACUUCAGUACUUAACAGGCAUGCACAGGCUACAAAUAAUAGUCAUUUCCAGUGCAGUAAAUGUGUAAAACCAUAAAUCUGUGUAUCAUGUUGCACUAUUACACUGUUUAAGGACAAUCUGGAAGCUCAGCUGAAAUCAUAUUCUGAAACUACUUAUAGUUUAACGACCGACAGAGGAUGCAAUUUCCAGAGCAGGGAGUCCCACCCACCCCAACUCUGGCAUCAGCAGCAUCUGUAAAUGAGUCUGGAUCAACCUUCUUGAGCUGACUUGCAGCACUGACCUGACUCUGAACUACCUGAGCAGGAUUGAAUAGCAAUGUGCAACCUGCAGCUCUUUUACAAUUCCAGACUGCAAGGAUUGAUUUCAAGUUUAUUCAGCUUUAAAGGAUGGCAAAAGAGCAAGAGAAAAAAAAAAUGACGUAGUCUUGCACAGUUGUCUGUAGAGUUGGUUUCAUCUCGUCUCGAAUAUUUUCAGACUAACAAAUUACUUUUAGUCUGAUUUCUGUGUUGUCUGCCUGCAUCUCCUUACUGCCUGCAUCUCCUUACCAUCUGCCUCACUAGAUUUACCACUGCCCCAACUAAUCCAUUGCUCCCUACAGCAGAAAUUAAUGAAUGUAUUAAUUGAUUAGUCUAUGCAACCCCUAGUCUGUGUGUAAGAGAGAAAGAGUGAGCAUGAUAGCUACAGUGCAUAAUUUGUUGACUGAUGAUCCUAAACAUGCCUCAGGGUUCCCGCUGGCGCUCGUCACACCCGUCAUUGACAAAUAUAAUCCAUCAGUGACGAAGAAAAAAUUACCAGCAGUCGUCACAGUCAUAUUUAUCGUAAGUUGUCUUUUAUAGAAAUUCCGCCGUUUGCUGAAAUCCGAUGGCAGGAAGCCCGAGUGUAAACAAUGAGCACGCGCUUGUGACCAAUAAAAAUCGACAACACGUAAUGGCCACAUGAGCGCCAACCUUUUGACCAAUCACAGUGCGUCUUAAUCGGCCUGGUGUGGUGGUGUAAUUAUCUCUGCGUGAAGUCUAAACUGAUAAAGAUUUUUUGGGCUUCUUCAAACACUGAAGAUGAUUUAAGGGCCGAAACAGGCACGGAGGAGGCACUCUCAGAGCCCCGACCACGUCAGAGCAGUGUCAGUAAUAAAGGGGUCGGUGUAAUUUUGAAAAAGAAACACGCCAGAGUGAAAGUGAUGUCAGCCGGCAAGUGACAGAAGCACUCUAUGUUUCGGGGGGUGUGGCGUUUGUAUGACAUAAAAAGACGUGUCAUUCUGUGUUCGGUUUGUAAAUUGACGGCAAAUUCAGAUUCCUUCAGUGUUGGCUGUUCAAAGACUCUUCUCGACUUUGCUCAAUUGUAAAUCAAGUUUUGCGUUGAAGUAAAAGGUAAGCAGAGUCCUAAUCUCUUUAGAAUAAUUCCAUGCUAAAAUAUCCAGUAAGUAAGCUCAAACUAAAGAGGUUUAUUUUGGCUUGAUGGUGCACAGGGCACCCAAAAUCAAGUCUUUCUUAUUAGAGGCUGGAGUGCAGCCCAAAUUUUAUAUGUAAUGGAGGCCUCGCUGUAUCUGUACAAGUAUUUGAAUUGUGUCAGUUUGGUUGGUAUAAACUCGUAUUAAGUCCACUUUGAUAAGUCAGUAACUCAGGAAAAAAAAUGCAGACCAAGUGAUGAAUAUUUCUUUGACUUGAUUUUUCAAGGAAAAAAGUGGAGAAUAUUUUACAGAACCCAGGGGGAACCCUGAUGCGUAGUUCACAGUUUCUUAGUAACCUAUUGUUGUUAUUCAUUUUCAGACAAUUGAGUCCUUAAUGCAGAACCUGCGAUCAGUGGAGAGAGAAAGAGAUUCCCAGCAAAGACAAAUACAGAUAUUACAAGGUGCUCUUAAGCCUCAUUCUUCAUCACACGACUGUGCUUUCUUUUGUAUUGCUGCUAGAAGUCUUUUUCAUAUUUCUGUAGAUUUUGGUGCAAUGAUAUCUUAGGUUUGCACUUGUUAACACAAGUAUAUAAUAACACUAGAGUCGACAAUUCCCCUGCUGGAAAUUGUGAGAGGGAUGCAGUGCGCGAAGCAAUUUGGUCACGCAUGUUCGCUGGCCGUGAAUGUGUCACUUGCUAUGAGAAACGAGAAAAUUUGAGGGUUUUUUUCAGGCCCUGUACACUCUAACUUAAUGAGCUUCACUGGUGUGUAACGCAAUAGACACCCAUUAUAAACCCCGAAUUUCUCCAUUUUUGCUCAUGGUGUUUGAGCCAGGACUGAUCCAAAAGUAUAGAACCUAGCAAAAAAGUUGAAUGCCAGAUCCACACAUGAGAAGUUUCUCUACGUUUUUACGUUUGAAUCAUGUCUCUAGGUCAAUGCAUGCCAGAGCAGCGGAGGUUUGAAAAAGUGCAUUGUUUUUCAAUUAAUUCCCAAGAAACGAUUGGGAAAUUUUGGACGAUUUUUUCGUGACCAUUUCGUGAAAAAGUCGUAGAAUAACGAACAAAGUAAUAGCACACCGAGUCCGAUCGAGCCGCACGUUUUGAUAUAUUGCUUGUCUGUGUGCGACGUACGGUUAUUGAGUUAUUACAAAUCAAAAUUUGUAUGGAAGAUGGGGUUUUUUGGACCUGCGACUUUGAGCUGUUGGUGGCGCUAGAGAGUUUAAGGUGGUGACUCGAAACUUGCUGAGAAGAACCUUGAGUUUGUCAAGAAGCAGUGUGCAAAAUUGCAGAACUUUUCCAGAAUAUGACGUCAAGAUAUGAGCCAAAGGACACUUUUCCCAGCAGUAGCGCCCCCUAGCGGCCAACUUGUUCCACUUUUUUUGUGGGCCUUCGUGGAGGGGUGGGGCAUAAUGACACCAAGUUCUGUUAAGAUACGCCAAAACGCGGCCGAGAUAUGAGCACACUUCCCGUUUCGCAUCUGCGCAGCCAAUUUUGAUUGGCUGCCACGGCCAAACGCUUAUGAAAUUCAAAAAUCCGGGAAUGUCUUUUUUGCAGCUUAGUCCAAAGUUGGCAUGUACCACGUUUGGGAGAAAUUGGUCAAAAAUUGAGGGAGGAGAAGCAUUUUAAUUGUUUUUCACAAAAUUCAAAAUAGUGCGAAAACUUUCCGAGGUUGAAAAUUUUGUUAGAGGUUGCGCUGGAUUCGUCUUGGCCCAAGGAUUCCAGGGAUACCAAGUUUUUGAAAAUCGGACCAACGGUUCAAAAGUUACAAGCAGAAAUGUACCUGCAACUUUGAGCUGUUGGUGGCGCUAGAGAGUUUACGGUGGUGACUUGAAACUUGCUGAGAAGAACCCUGACGUUGUCAAGAAUCAGUGUACAAAAUUUCACAACUUUGCGCCAGACCGUUCUAGGGGUAGCUAUAAAUAUGUGUAGUUUUUCAAAUAAUUCCAUAGAAAUGAAUGGGAAAUUUCAGGUGAUUUUUUCGCGACUAUGUCGCGAAAAAAUCACAUUUUGAUGAACAAAGUAAUAGCAUACCAAGUCCGAUCGAGCCGCACGUUUUGAUAUAUUGCUUGUCUGUGUGCGACGUACGGUUAUUGAGUUAUUCGAAAUCGAAAUUUGUACGGAAGAUGAAAACGGAGGAAGAAACACGUAGAAGAACAAUAGGUUGCAGUGCAGCAGCACUGCAUCCUAAUAACUUCUGGGUCCUAAAACACACACCCGAGCGCAUCAGUAUUUGCGUCACUUCUAGAGGAGGUGAGGAGGCUUCGGGAGAGACUGGAGGACCAGGAGAAGGAGAGAGAAAGGAGGCAGGACAUCGAGGGAGAUGCAGUAGAGAUGCGACUGGAGCAAUGGAAAAGGGAAGUGGGACGCGAUUUGAGCGCUCUGAGAGGCCACAUCAACAGGGCCACGUCUCUAGGUUCAGCUCUAAACUGUGCAGGGAGGAAGUGGAACAGUUCAGGAGAGAGGUGGACAUGCUGAAAAGCAAGCUGAUGAGACAUGAGGAGGACAUGUACCAACAGCAGUCUGAAGCAAGAGAAACGAGGAAGCAGUGUGAGCGUAACUGUAAGGCACUGGAAACAGUCAUCGAUUCUUACCGCGCACAUGACUUUGAACUUUCCAGGAUCAUCUCGCAGUACCAUCACACACAACAAGAUGUGAGAGAUGUCAGACUUGCAGUAUCUGGAUUGAAGGAUGAAGUGAGAAGCCUAAUUCUGAGAGACAGACUCAACACACCUGCAGAGAUGCAGCAGAAAUCAAAUCCUUUGGAAGCAGCGGUUGCUGUGGAGACAAGUCCUCUGAGACAGAUGCUGUCAGACUCAGAUGAUGAAUUGAGCCCCACCCCCAGUCUCCGUGAUGUAAGCUCAGAUGACCUGGACACAUCCUGGCUGGGAGAAUCAGCCUCAAAACCAAGAAGUCAAGGACGAGUUACACACUUCAGCCUCUCAGGGAGUGACCUCAGCGACGCUGUGAGUGGACUUGGGAGCAACCAUGACGACGUAGAUGGCAAAGUGGGAGGAGCUUCAGACAGUGCUCCAGAGCUCAGUCUCUGUGACCUUUGACACUAGAAACAUGAAGGAAACAGUGAUUGCUACUGCAAGUAUGACCAACCACUUGGUCAAGGGAAGUAUGAGAAAAAAACGAAUCAUGGGAAAAUUUAUGUAACCAAAAUGGACUAAAAAAUGCCUUUUUUUUUUAAACCUGGGCUCUAUUUCCCAUCUCUUUGGGUCCAAAUAUUUACUAGGGACAAAAACGAGUGAAAUCAGUCCAGUAUUGAGUUAAAACACUAUAACUGGCAACCACAAAACAGCUUCUGCAGUGGAAUCCUGUGGGGCAAACAUCUACAGCAAAGUAAACCACUUGUUUUGGCCACCAACAGGCUCCUGAUGCUAUUAUAAAUGUCUGACAACAUGGGUGCAUCUCUGUAGGGAUCCUUUCCAUGUCGGUUUUACCUCCGUAACUAAAGAAAUUGUAGAAAAUGAUAGUUUAUACAUUGUGUUUUACAUUUCACUUCCUUCUGCUCUCUGUCGCAGUGCCCCAUUCAGUGCCUGUAGUCAAUUAUUGUUUCUCAGGCUGAGCCAUUUAUUCAUGAAGUUAGAAGUUGUGGAAACUUUUAAAGAUGGGCCAACCUCCAUCUGAGCAACCCACAUUUAUUUGUCAUUUUCCUCUGUCAAUUCAUCUGUUCAUUUUUAUCCCCCGCUGGCCGAAAGGGGGAUUAUGUCGUGGUGAAGUCUGUCUGUCCCAGAAAGGGUUCUCACCUUCUGAAAUCAACCCCUUCGACAAUUUUGGAGGAAUUUAAUGAAACUUGGCAAAAGACUUUGUUAUAGGACAGUAAUGCACAUAUUGCAAUCUCGUUUGCAAUAUAUUAUAGUGGGGGAUAUUGUACUCUCGGAGCACUCUUGUUCUCUCUUUCAGCCACUGACCUACAGCCGAGACACAGAGAUUUGUUUAAAAAGUUUUAGACAUAUGCUUUUUUAAGUAAAUGGAAUUAAAAUGUAUGGGCAGCGAUUUUAUUUAAUUAUGAACUGUGUUGAAUGUUCGAGACAAAAGGGAGUGUGUUUUCACCUUAUAGUAAUUUGUUUGAUAUAUUUGGCUUAUAGUAAUGUAAUCAGUCACCCAACAAAUGUGACAAUUGCACAAGAAUUAUUGAGACAAAAGCAUUUAAUGUUUUCAAGAAAUUUAAUAAUAAAAAAAAUAUUUGGAACAUCAAA